AUCAGUGAGGAAAGUCACGGAAAAAUUCCUCUCUCCGGCAAAUAUGAAUUCACUAAUUCACAUUUUCGCGUGAAAGUAAAAAAGUCUUGUUUGAUGAACUUUUCGCGAUAAAAUUGAAGAUUUCCCCCCAGCCCAGAGAAAAUUAUAUUUCAAAAAAAGAAAGAAAAAAUCUCAUUUCAACGUAUUUUGGGGAGAGGGCUUGGAUGAAAAUUUUUCCGCAAGAUGUUUAUUUGCUUACGGAGCUGUGCUUGAGUUGAACCUCCACAUGGUUGUUAAAUGAUCUCGUUGACGUUAAUCUAUUACCAACACAGGAACACCCAGCCAUACAUCCAUGUGGAUGAUAAAUUUUCCAGUGCAAUUUCCCUCAUUGUGAGCGCAAAGUGAAAGAGUUUGCCCUAUCUCCAUACUAAAUCAUUGGAUGGUUUUAAUGGUGAAAAGGGGAGUGCCGGGAAAGUGUUGUGCUUCCGUGGAGGGCCACACAAAAGGGGGCAUAAGAAAAGUAUUUGAGAAUAAAUAAAUCUUGUAAGCAUCACUCCUAAAUGUGAUACCUGUGCGCGUGUGGAAAUCCCCAAGUCCGGAAGACGAGCUGAGGAAAACAAAUGUUUUCGCCUCAUUUUCAUCCCGGCAGAUCCUCUCUCCUCCACCAUCCUCACUGAGCUACAAUAAAUCGGUGUAUAUUGUGUUGUGUACAUUUCGGAUGUUGCGUUUUUUCAGUUUGCAUUAAAAAAUAACAAAGUGUGGAGGAAACACUUCUUCUUGGAUAUCGUCGUUCUUUUAGCAGUGAAAAAUUUAUUUUAUACUCACAACCUCGGUGAUUCAAGUUAUUGGGCUCACAUUGCCUCCUCCUGAACACCAGACCCGAUCCAAUUAAUUAACCAUCGAAAUUGGUAUUCUGUGCAAUUUCAAGCCAACACAAUAACGAACGGUGUGUACCUCAAUCUGGUCAAUAAACUUCGGCAUUUUUCUUCGCCUCGUGCCCACAUAAAUUAAGCAUCAAAGGACGGUUGGGGGUGUGAAGAAAGAAAAGAAAAACGCAUUUAUGUCGGACAAAUAGUCAAUCGCCGUAACUUUACAAAACGCCAGAGGGUUGAAGGCAGAGUGAGGAGAAAAAAAGUGAUCACCAAAGUGGGUGGACACAGCGGAACUUGCGGAAAGGAAUACGGUGUGGAGCAAAAAGAAGAGGACAUGGCUGCAGCUGGUCCCCGCUGGGACAAAUUGUCACCAAGUGAAUUCCAGCAGCUCCAAGAACUUGCGUCAUAUUCAACCCGAAAGCUCCAGGAUACUCUGUCUGAAUUCACAUCAGUCGAAGCGACAAAUCGAUUCCUGCCCGAUGGGGACAUUGACUAUGAGUCGUUUCGGUGCUUCUUGGAUGCCUUCCUUGAAUGUGAGACACCGGAAGAGCUGUCCAAGCACCUCUUUGUCUCCUUUGUCAAACCAGCCAUCAACCUGGCUCAAGUUCAGGGAAAGGCACUCAGUCAGAUGGCGGCCAUCAGCAGCAAUGCGGCCUGUGCUCCUGUCACAUCCCACACAAAAGGUUCUAUACCCAAUUUGAAUAGCAUUGUUGAGCUACCACCCAAUGUCUCACUUGAGCCUAGGCAGAGUUUCGUUGACAAAAUCCAUGGAUUGACGGACAAAUUGCAAUCGCUGAGUCAUCUCGGACAGAGUCAACAUGAUACCCUGGAUAAGAAUAAAGCCGGAUCCGUUCAUCCGCUGGUGACAGUGACGCCGAGCCCAUUAGGGGGAUUACCGCCGCCGAGACGUUCUGCGGAUUCGAGUCCCUCGCACAGCCACAGUCACAGUCACUCCCAAAUUUCUCGGAAUUCCUCGAGGAAGAGCAAUAACUCCGUCAAUUGCAAAUUAGACGAUAUCCGUCUAAUGUCGAGGAAGCAGUCAUUUCUUGAUCCGCUCCAGCUCAAGGUCCCACUAAAGGAUGUCGUGUGCUACUUAUCCCUCCUGGAAGCCGGAAGGCCUGAGGACAAAUUGGAAUUCAUGUUCCGGCUGUACGACACCGAUGGGAAUGGUGUACUGGACACCACGGAACUCGAUGCGAUUGUCAAUCAGAUGAUGUCGGUGGCUGAAUACAUUGGAUGGGAUGUAUCGGAAUUGAGGCCGAUUCUACAAGAGAUGAUGACGGAAAUUGACUAUGACGCCGAUGGGACGGUAUCGUUGGAGGAAUGGCAACGUGGGGGUCUCACCACAAUCCCCUUGCUGGUGCUCCUUGGUGUGGACAAUACGCUCAAAGAGGAUGGGAUUCAUGUGUGGCGCCUCAAGCAUUUCAGUCGUCCGGCCUAUUGCAAUCUGUGCCUCAACAUGCUUGUGGGGCUGGGCAAGAAGGGGCUCUGCUGCACACUUUGCAAAUACACCGUCCACGAGCGAUGUGUCCAGCGUGCUCCGGCUUCCUGCAUUAACACCUACGUAAAGUCCAAGAAACCAAAGGGGGGUGGAGCACUAUUGCACCAUUGGACUGAGGGGAAUUGCUAUGGGCGCUGCAGCAAGUGCCGGAAACGCAUUAAAUCCUAUCACGGCAUAACAGGGCUCACGUGUCGAUGGUGCCACAUGACAAUACACAACAGAUGCGCUGCUUCCGUGAAAGCUGAAUGCAAUCUCGGUGAAUUUGCCAAUCUCAUCAUUCCACCCACAGCUAUUUGUCCUGCCGUCCUUGAUCGCCAGCGAUCCGUCAAUGUGGCCACAGCAAAGGGGAAGGCCCCAGCUCCGGCGCCAACGCAUUUCCAGAUCACGAGUGAACCCACCUCAUGCCCCCUCCUUGUGUUCGUGAAUCCCAAAAGUGGCGGGCGACAGGGUCAUAGGAUUCUGCGAAAAUUCCAGUACAUGCUCAAUCCACGGCAGGUGUAUGACCUUUCCAAGGGAGGCCCCAUGGAGGGUCUGGCCAUGUUUAAGGAUGUACCCAAUUUCAAAGUUAUCUGCUGUGGCGGCGAUGGUACUGUCGGCUGGGUUCUCGAGGCAAUGGAUUCCGUAGACCUACAAGUUCAACCUGCUGUAGGGGUUAUCCCCCUUGGGACAGGGAACGAUUUGGCACGGUGCUUACGAUGGGGCGGCGGCUACGAGGGUGAGAGCAUCCCCAAGCUUAUGGACAAAAUUGAACGGGCGAGUACGGUGAUGUUGGACAGGUGGAGUAUACAGGUGACGAAUACGGAGCCGGCUGAAUUGCCGAAGCCUAAGGUACUCCAGGUGACACUUUCGGAGAAUGUGCAGCGAGUCGUGGAGCUGUCGCAGCGGAUUAUUGUGGAAAAAUCUGUGAUAGAGACGUACGAGGAGAUCCGCCGGAACACCAUGACCACCGAAGUGACCACGGUGGGUGGGAAGGUGAAAUCAUCCUCGUCGUCCACGACAAUGGAGAAACUCAUGGAGUUCACGUCCUCCUCGUCGCGGGACAGCGAAGCCUCCCAGCUGAGUGGACAGGAGGCAGCCAAUGGUGGGACCAAUCGUCUAUCAACGCCCAACACCUCACGCGUGGUGAAGAGUAUCAGUGAAGGGGAUCUCCUGCUGGCACGACCCUCAACAACCUCAGAGCUCCAAGAGAGCUCCAUACCGGCACCCCUGCGGCCGCUUAAGCCACAAUCAGAGCAGGACUUUGUAGUACCCUACAACAUAAUCAACAACUACUUCUCCGUCGGCGUCGAUGCGGCCAUUUGCGUGAAAUUCCACCUGGAACGCGAAAAGAAUCCUCACAAAUUCAAUAGUCGCAUGAAAAAUAAAUUGUGGUACUUUGAGUACGCAACAUCGGAGACAUUUGCAGCUUCAUGCAAGAAUCUUCAUGAAAAUUUAGAAAUUGUGUGUGAUGGAGUAUCUCUGGACCUGGCCAAUGGGCCUCAUCUUCAGGGAAUUGCCCUCCUCAAUAUUCCCUACACGCACGGUGGGAGUAAUCUAUGGGGUGAGCAUCUAUCCCAGAAGCGUAUACGGAAGAAUGGACCCUUCAGGUCGGCGCGAAAAUUUAAAAGUGCCGACAAGGAUCUCUCAACGAGUAGCUUCAACUCUGUGGAUCUCUCCGUGGCCAUUCAGGACAUUGGUGAUCAUCGAAUUGAGGUGAUUGGCCUGGAAAAUUGCCUGCAUAUGGGUCAGGUGAGGACGGGACUACGAGCGUCUGGACGUCGCCUGGCGCAAUGCAGUGAAGUGACGAUUGUCACGAAAAAGACAUUUCCCAUGCAAAUUGAUGGCGAACCGUGGAUGCAGGGACCAAGUCGGAUUCAGAUAACUCACAAGAAUCAAGUUCCGAUGCUGAUGGCACCACGAUCUGAGAAGGGCAAGGGAUUCUUUAGUUUCCUAAAGACAAAUCUGUUGAAUGUUGUGUAGAAAGAAAACUUAAAGUGGAUGAAUUUUCCAUUUGAGUUUUUAGAAGAAUUGUACAAAAUUAUUAAGUAUAAAACAUAUAAAUCUCUAGUCUGAAUAUCUUUAAGGAAAUAACUAUUAAUUAAAUCUUCAUCAUAUUGCACAGAAAUUAUCAAAUUUUUGCGUAAAUGUGAAAAGUUAAAAUUGUACAUAAAAAAAACGUUGAUCUGGUUGAAAGCUUCCUCAUACAUAGAAAACUAUUAAGAUAUAAAAUUAAAAAUAUAGAAUAUUAAAUUUUAAUUUAAAUUAGAGUUUAAAAAAAUAUAGAUAUUACACAAUGAAAGUGUUUCUAGUCAUUAAAAUGUAAUAAGAUGAAUUUCUGUGAAAAUAUCUUUUAUUGAAGGUGUUUCAAUAUCAAAAAACUUAAACUAAAAAUAGAAAAAUAAAAUUGAAUCUCUAAAAUAUUUAUUCACAAUUAAUUUUCAAAAAAAUGAUUUUUUCUUUAGUGUCUAAAGAGCAAAAUAUUAUUGGGAAAAACAAUGUAUUUGCUUGGGAAACACCACAGUAGCAGUUAACAUAUUGAGAGGGACGGUAAACCGAAAAUAAAAAAAUAUAUUUAUGGACAAAAAACGUGUAAAAGUAUUACUAAACAAAUGGAGUAUUUUAAGUAAAAAAAAGUCCUAUUUAUUCUUGAAAAUAUAAGACAAAAUUAUUUUAAAAAUGUUCUCUAUGAAACGAUUAGGUAUAAUACAUUGAAAAAUAUACAUAUAUAAAAUGGAAAUAAAUCUAAAAAAUAAAAGAAAAAUGUUAUAGAAUUUAUGAAAUAAUGAAAAAAUAUUUAAAAAAUAUAUUUAGGAAAAGGGAAAAUAAAUAGCUUUUUUCGUGUCUUAGAUUCUAAUCUCGAAAGAAUGAGAUAGAGAAAAAUAUUGUUGGUAUGAAUUUCUUUAAAAAAAAUUUAAAAAAAAGAACAAGUCUCUUAACAAAAUUAAAUGGAAUAUUAAUUUCAAAUUCUUCUCAAAUCUUCUCUAUCACCCAACAUUUUAACAACAAAAACUUCUCAAUUUCCGAAUUUUAAUUUCAGUGAAAAAGAAAUCUUUUAGGUCAGAAAACUUUAAAAGAAAAUGGAGAAAAGCUUUAAAGUAGCCACGCAGCAAUUUUUAGAAAUUUAUUCUCAUUCGGACUAUGUAGUUGAAACAUACUUACGAAUAUACCCCAUCGCAUACAAGUUAGUAUACAGAAGAUUUUCAUAAUAUUAACAAAAACCAUAUCAGAAUAAUGAAAAUGAACCAAUUUUUAGGACUAAAAAAAAGAAAACUUUAACAGGAGCUUUAACUCAAAACAAAAUUUAAAAAAAUCAAUUUUGCUUUUAAAUAAGCAAAAACAUGUAUUUUCUUUCCCGGAAAAAAUCAAGCUUAAUUAUAAAACAAAAAUAAUAGCAAGCAGUUGAGCAUAAAUUGGUCGAUGAAAAUCCAGCGACGUGUUGAUUUAUUUAAAUGCUUCAUUAUCAAUUCAUUUUUAUUUCAAUUGCCCAGAUAAAUCAAAAUAUGUAGAACAUAUUUACAAAAAAAAGUUUAUUUUUUAAUUUGAAAAAUCCUCAGAGGAGUAACAUAUCCACCUGCAAAAAUGAAACCUAAAAACCAGAGAAGAUAUUGAUCCCAAAAUUAGAAUUUAAAAAAAAAAAACAUUUCAAGCAACAGUUUUUAAGAUUUAUUUUCUGUAUUUUUUUCCUAAUUUUUUCUAUAUCUUUUGGACAUUUUUUUUGUAAAAAAAAAGAGAUGCAUGUGACAUUAGACAAAAAUAUACAAUUUGUGAAUGACAAAAAUAAUGUAAUAUAAUUUAUAAAUAUUUUCGUUUCCUUCUUUCUUAAAUUUAAUUUCUACAGAGAAAAAAAACUAUACACUGAAAGUUGUAUAAAAAAAAGCUUUUCGGUGAAUACACGUAAUAAAAAAAAUUACAAUGGCGAUGUGAGAAGAAAAAUAUGUUGAAAUUCUCAUUGAUAAAUAGGAAGAAAAAAAGAGAGAAGAAUAUAAAAUGAUAUUACAAGUGAGAAACUUAUAGUAAAAUAAUUUUAUUUAAAUAAUAAAAUAAAUAGAAAAGUUUACAUUAAA